AUGCUAUCAAUGGACCAGCAGCAUGAGGAGGAGUCGUGUGUCCCCCCUGGGUUCAGGUUCCACCCCACAGAGGAGGAACUGGUGGGGUACUACCUGGCCAGGAAGGUGGCUGCCCAAAAGAUCGACCUCGACAUCAUCCAGGAGGUUGAUCUCUACCGGAUUGAGCCAUGGGACCUCCAAGAGAGGUGCGGCGGCGGCGGCAAGGGAGGACGGGGAGCACGUCAGGUGGCGGCGGAGGACGAGCAGUCGUCAGAGUGGUACUUCUUCAGCUUCAAGGACCGCAAGUAUCCCAGCGGCACCCGCACCAACCGCGCCACGGCGGCCGGGUUCUGGAAGGCCACCGGCAGGGACAAGCCGGUGAUGUCGUCGAGGAGCCGAGGGGUCAUCGGCAUGAGGAAGACGCUGGUGUUCUACCGGGGCCGUGCACCUAAUGGUAGGAAGACCGACUGGAUCAUCCACGAGUAUCGCCUCCAGACCAGCGAGCACGCGCCCACACAGGAGGAAGGUUGGGUCGUGUGCCGGGCGUUCCAGAAGCCGGCGGUGAACCAGAGGCCGUCCUACAUCUUCCCGCCGCCAUACGCCGCUCCGGCCCUCGGGGGCUACUACGAUACGCGGCCUUGGCUGCACGGCCAAGUCGGCGGCGACCACCAUUUCCUGCAGAGCGCCGCUGGCGCUGCCGGAGCCGGCGCACUCGGGUUCCCCGGCCAGGGCGCCCAGUAUUGCUCUGACGAGCUGCUAGAGUCCAAGCAGAGUCUCUUUGGCAGCAUCCCGCGGCUCAUCGAGAGCCCGCCGACGACUACUGCCGUUGCCGGUUACGGCGACGCUGGGUACGGCAUCGUACAGCAGGGAGAGGCGGCGGCUGGCGUCGACUGGAACUUCCUGGACAGCCUGCUGUCCACGUCGCAGCUGCACGAAUACUCUGCUACGGCUGCGUCACAGCUGCACCUACAGCAGUGA